AUGUACACCUCGGUUGAGACUCAUGAUCAACGCAAGGAAUCCAGAAACUCGACACCGGCACCUCGCGAGUGUGACUGUGCGAUUUUAACAGGACAGGGCGAGGAGACGCACAACCUGAGCGACAACCGAUUCGAGUGCGAUGCCCUCGACGCUCAUUCGCUAGAGGACUGUCAGUCUUUGAGGACAAUCGUCGCUGAACUUCAGCAGCGGCAUCAACGCCUCGAAGAAACCAAUUACCAGCUGCAAGUAGCCUUGCUGAAGGAGCGGGAUGACCAUGAUCGAGCCCUCCGGCGCCUGGCCGAACAAGAACUUCUCCUGUCACGCUUGCACAAUACCUUUCCCACUUUGCACGAAGGCAUGCGCGAUCUGCGCGGGACUUGGGAGAGGCUUGGAAAAUCAGAUACCUUGGACUCGGCAUCAUGA